UCCUCGUUAUCCUCCUUCGCCACUCGUCAGAAAUAAAGGGGGCUGGACCACAGAAACGGAGAGGAAAACAAAACCAAAAGAAGAUUUUAGAGAGGGGGGAAAGCAAAAGGCAAAACCUUUUUUAUUAUUUUUUGACAGGAUGAACGACAGUUUCCUGAACAUGGCGUCGAUAGGCGACUUCGACCCGCUCAACGCGUCGAUUCCUGCCACCAAAGUUGAAAUCACAGUGUCCUGCAGGAACCUGCUGGACAGGGACACCUUCUCCAAAUCGGACCCAAUUUGUGUCCUCUACACACAAGGCAUGGGCAACAAGGAGUGGAGAGAGUUUGGGAGAACAGAGGUGAUCGACAACACGCUGAACCCCGACUUUGUGCGGAAGUUCAUCCUGGACUACUUCUUCGAGGAGCGGCAGAACCUGCGGUUUGACUUGUACGAUGUCGACUCGAAGAGCGCCAACCUGUCAAAACACGAUUUCCUAGGCCAGGCCUACUGUACUCUGGGAGAGGUGGUCGGGUCACUGGGCAGUCGCUCGGAAAAAGCUCUCGGAGGCAUUCAAGGGAAGAAGUGCGGGACCGUCAUCGUGAAAGCCGAGGAGCUGAACAACUGCAGGGAGUCGGUGAUGAUGCAGUUCUGCGGGAACAAGUUGGACAAAAAGGAUUUCUUCGGCAAGUCCGACCCCUUCUUGGUCUUCUACAGGAGCAACGAGGACAGCACGUUCACCAUCUGCCACAAGACGGAGGUUGUGAAGAACACCCUGAACCCCGUCUGGCAGGCCUUUAAGAUCCCCGUCCGGGCUCUUUGCAAUGGUGAUUACGACAGAACAAUCAAGGUGGAGGUGUACGACUGGGACAGAGAUGGCGGUCACGACUUUAUCGGAGAGUUCAGCACCAGCUACAGAGAGCUGUCCAGAGGGCAGAGCCAGUUCAACGUCUACGAGGUGGUAAAUCCAAAGAAGAAAGAGAGAAAGAAAAAAUACCUCAACUCUGGAACGGUAACGCUGCUGUCGUUCCUGUUGGACAUUGAAGUCACCUUCCUGGACUACAUCAAAGGAGGGACCCAGAUUAACUUCACCGUGGCCAUCGAUUUUACAGCUUCCAAUGGGAACCCGGCCCAGCCCACCUCGCUCCACUACAUGAGUCCAUACCAGCUGAACGCCUACGCCAUGGCCCUGAAGGCCGUGGGAGAAAUCAUCCAGGACUACGACAGCGACAAGAUGUUUCCGGCUCUCGGCUUCGGAGCCAAGCUGCCGCCCGACGGACGGGUGUCCCACGAGUUCGCCUUGAACGGGAACCCUCAGAACCCGUACUGCACCGGCAUCGACGGCGUGAUGGAAGCCUACUACCAGAGUCUGAAGUCCGUGCAGCUCUACGGACCCACCAACUUCUCCCCCAUCAUCAACCACGUGGCCAGGUAUGCAGCGUUGGUGAAGGACGGCUCCCAGUACUUUGUGCUCCUCAUCAUCACGGACGGCGUCAUCUCCGACAUGGCCCAGACCAAGGAGUCCAUCGUCAACGCCUCCGGUCUGCCCAUGUCACUCAUCAUCGUGGGGGUGGGGCCCGCAGAAUUUGACGCCAUGGAAGAGUUGGACGGGGACGAAAUCCGAAUCUCAUCCAGAGGAAGAUUUGCCGAGAGGGACAUCGUCCAGUUCGUCCCCUUCAGGGACUACGUCGACCGGACGGGGAACCACAUCCUGAGCAUGGCGCGGCUCGCCAAAGACGUCUUGGCCGAGAUCCCCGACCAGUUCCUCUCCUACAUGAGGACCCGCGGGAUCAAGCCGUCGCCAGCGCCGCCUCCCUACACGCCGCCUCCCUACACGCCGCCAGGGCCACACCUGCAGACCCAGAUAUGAGGAGUGGGGGGGGGGGGGUGAAGGCUUCUGAGUCAGGGGUCAGGGGUCAGCCGAACCUUCUACGCGAAAAGUACUUCCAUUUCCCUGAAGCCGCUCUCCAUGCCUUGUCGUCGUGGGUCACGCUGGUCUUUCUCGUGUUCAGGAAGCUGCAUGUCGUGCCAGGAGGCCCGGAGAAGCCAAUGAGAGUCUGUUUACUUCCACCGUCGAGCAUUCCUGUCGCCGUCUGGGAUCUUUUCUUCUUCUUUUUUUUCCCCCGGAGAGACUUUGGAGAUUCUGAAUUCAAUCCGGGAGGUAAAGAAGGAGUGAAAAGGCAAAUGAAGGACGGCUCUGGACACGUUGUAAAGGGAAUGUCUCCAGACAAGAACAAAGAAAUCAUCUUUAAUGAAGUUUCUCUGUAAAUAUCUGUCACUUAUUCUAUCUCUCUCUCUCUCUAACUCUCACUCCUUGUUUACAGUAAUUUACAGUAACAAGGAUUUUUAAUGUUGAUACUUUUAUAUACACAGUUUCAAUAUGAAGCUCUCUCUCUCUCUCUCUCUCUCUCCUGGCGUGUGUGUCAGGUAGCAGCAGUGCAGGUCCCGGUAGCCCUUCUGUACUGUACCGUAGCGUGCCGUACCGUGCUGUAUUCUGGUGUUUUUGUAUUGACCUUCUGCAUGAGUGUAGCCUCAGUCAAGUGCAUGCAUAUCGUGGCCCUGCACUACCUCUUCUAUCCACCGGUCUGUCUGUCUGUCUGUGGGGGGGGGGGGAGUGUCAGUCUGUGUGCCUGUAUCUCCAUUUGUCACUUCUGUCUGUCUGCACUGCUCUCAGGUCCGUCUGUCUGUUGCAGCCUUACUUCCUCUCUCUCUCUCUCUCUCUUGCUCUCUCUCUCUUUUCUUGUACUAGCUGUGUUUCCAUCCGCCAUUUUUUUUUUUUUUUUUUCAGAGACAAGCUGAAAAGAAAAUAUGUGACACGCCUAUAUAUAAUAUUAUUAUAUAAUAUAUUUGGGCCUUUUGAAAUGUAUCUCAGCUCCCCUGCGUUGCGUCCUGGAGACGUAGCGCCCUUAUUGCAGGUGUCCAUCACCUUCAGCAGGUGUCCUAUUCUGUCAUGUUGUUCUGAAGCCCGAGCAGCGUCUCCCACUUUGGUCCAGACUUAAAUAUCACGACAAUUAUUGGUACAGAUUGUCAUGAAAUGUGGUAUAAACAUUCAUGUUCCCCUCCUAGAGGCUCAGAGGAGGCGCUCCUCCUCCACUUAGACUGAACAUGGUACAUUCAUGACAUCAUGAGUCAGAGGAAUACAACCCGGGUUAUUCAUCAACACUUUUUAAAUCUUGGCUCUUGUGUUUGGCCUGAAGACAUCGGCAAACAUUUAGGAGCAAAUGUGGACAGGUUUUCAGGAUUUCACUUUUUUCAGAUUGGAAGCAUGGCUACUCUCUCUCUCUCCCUCUCUCUGUGUCACUCUCUCUCCUUCUCUUUCUCUCUGUCUCUGUUCUCCUUCGAACUGCCUUGGCAAUAAGAUGCCCACGUGCCCCGUGUCGUGUGCCCCCCCCCCCCCCCUGUGUGUUUCAAUCGACAGCAGCUGCUCUCAGGCGACAUGCCGUCUGAGCAUCAAGAGCCCAGUGGUCAAAAAUGCAGAGAAAAGAAAACACUCGUUCCCUUCGUUGGCUUUUUGUUCCAUUUGAUUUAUUUUGUAUUGCACCUUCGAGCUCUGAUGAAGCUGUUUUUAUACGUCUGUUUUUAUGACGCGUGCGCCUAACGUGCCAAACUAGUUUGGACUUCGGAGUUGUUUCUACAUGAAGGAUGAGUUGGUUUGUCUGUGCCGUGAAUGUGGAGGGAGUCGUAUGUUCUGGUGUGACACGACUUCUUUUUAAAACAUCAUGUGGAGCGUUUAGAGAGCGUGAACGCGUCUGAACAUGUAGUGAGUUUAUUUUAUAGUUCCAUCACCCUGAAGCCGUCUUAAAGCUACGGCGCACACAUCCGCCGGAUCACUCUGAUGUCUUAACCCAGCACCAUGUACACAACAUGUACACAACAUGUACACACCACGUGUACACAACAUGUACACAACAUGUACACAACACGUACACAACAUGUACACACCACGUGUACACAACAUGUACACAACAUGUACACACCACGUGUACAACAUGUACACACCACGUGUACAACACGUACACAACAUGUACACAACACGUACACAACAUGUACACGCCAUGGACACACCGGUGUGUAUCACAUGUGUCUUUGUGUCAGGUGUUGCAGCAGUGAGUCAAAUCAGCUGAUUACGGCGUCCGUGCCUCAGACAGUUGUCAUCAUCAUGUUUAGUUUCUUUGAGGACGUCGUCAUGGUGACGCGUCCCAAAUGUCUCUCCACAGUCGUCUGAUUGAAGACGAUUAUUUUUUCGAGAUGAUCUCGUCUCCACAACCAGUUUUGAAUCUCACACAUUGUUGCUCCACAUCCCCGACUUCGUCUUUGUUUGCAGCAGGUGUGUGUGUGUGUGUGUGUGUGUGUGUGUGUGUGUGUGUGUGUGUGUGUGUGUGUGUGUGUGUGUGUGUGUGUGUGUGUGUGUGUGUGUGUGUGUGUGUGUGUGUGUGUGUGCUGCAGCUGGAGGCCUCGUUAGCAGCUCGUUACUGUAAAGCUCCCUGCCAGCGGUUCGAGGUCCCGCGCCGCCGCGGGGGUCAAAGACGGGCCGACGGCGUGUGAGUGUUUGAUGUUCGUGCUCGGGGACAAUUUAGCAUCAACGCCUUCUGCUGGAAACACAUUUCUGGACAUGACAGAUUUCAAAAAAUAAGAAGCAGCCACAAGUCUACGGGGAUCAUUAGAAAGCAAAACUAUAGUUAUGAACGUUCCGGCCGUUGGUUUUGUCGGUUGUGAUAACUUUGCAUCAGCUGACUACUAUCUUUUCUAAAGGGGCUAACGUUAGCCACCGGAAGCUCCCGGUGGUACCAUUAUUAAAGAUUCUUUAAUCCAAGAAUUAAAAUCAAGGACAAUUUCACUAAAAAUUCAAACUUGAGGAUGACAAAUGUUCAGAAUCGGGCACCAAAGGAUCAUCUGUCAUGUCCGUAUGGAAUUGAUCAGACAAUGAAAUGACCGGCGGUCAGUCGCAGAGUGACAAGUGAUUUGAAAUGUGAAUUCAGGAAAAGGCAUUCCUGAAUUCAUGUCUUUUUAUUCUUUUCUUUUUUUUUCAAGAAGUUCGGGAGCAUUCAAAGAGAGGAAGUCAGACGGCGGGUUUUAAAUCAGAAGUAUUGUCGUGAUGUGAAUUCUCGGAUGCUUCGUUUUCAGCUUAAAUUUAUUAAUUUGCUAAUAUUUUGUAUUAUUAUUUGGUCCUUUCUUCAAGUCCAUAUAUGCUGUCUACCCACACACCAACAUAUCGCCACGCUCAUGUUGUGCCAGGUAUGUUGUCUUGGCUGGACAGGUAUUUGUAUUAUUAUUAUUGUUUUGAUUGUCCAUCACUAACCAGCCCCUCAGAGUGUGUGUCUGUGUGCAUGCGUUUGAUAUAAGUACACUUUGCGUGUGUGUGUGUGUGUGCGAGAGUGUGUGUGUGUGUGUGUGUGUGUGUGUUUACAGAGUGCUUUAAUAGACCAUGUGAGGUGUAAACACACAUAAGAUCUUUGUUUACUAAAGCUAUCCAAAUAAUAUAUUGUGCUGGUCUCCUGAACAACGUGCACUCCGUUUGCAUGUUCAGUUUUACAAAGGAGGCGCCGGUUCCUUUUGGUAACAACUGAGUGUUUUUGAAAUAUAAAAUAUCUAUAUGAAAAAUUAACUGUACAAAAUGGCCUUAAAUCUUUCUCUUGAGUUUCUUGGAAUUGUGCAAUGCCUUCUACAGAAAAAUGAAUAGUUUCAUUAAUGGUUAUCUAUUUUGUGUCCGUGUUUCUAUUGCUUUCUAGUGGACUUUUUUUUUGGUCUUUCAAUUAUUGAUUAAAUACUUAUCUUGUACUUUUUUGAAACCGUGAUUUUAAUCAGAGAAAGCAUGGCUGAAGUACUGAUUGUCUGAUGAUAGAUGACUAUUUCUGUAUCGAACUAUGGAUUUUUAAAUAAAUAUUCAUAUUAAACAGCAAACCUG